AUGGCUUGGAAAUCCGCUUCUAAUGGCAACGGCCGUAGAUUAUCCAAGCCUAUCCGCGGCCAAAUCUCAAAUCCCAUUCUCCUUCCAAACCCUCCGGACGAGGCCCUCUCCACGGAAGAACAAGCCGUGACUAGGGCGAAUGUGGUUGAUAGUCGGGGAAAUGACAAGGUGCUGGGUCCGCAAACCUCAAGCGGCAGCAGCCUGGACCAAACCGUCGUCAACCAUCAGACACAUGAUGCUCCCGGCAGCGUGGAUUCUGCCAUGGUAACCCACACGCCCAACGUGACGCCUUCAACACCAGUACAGGCUCCCGGUUCACCGAAUGCGUCGACGGACUCAUCCACUCAUUCUCGCCAGUCCAUAUCUGUGGCAGAUGUGGACGCCCAAAACGACAAGAGGGCUAGCACCACUAAGCCUCAACUGAAAAAAUCCGUCUUUCGAUCAGCCCUGAGUAAGCUGUUUGGCCGGAAGAAAAGGGGCCAAAGCAGGGGCGCAGCUCGCUUAUCGGACCCAAAGACGAUGCUACCAGCUUCCAACAACGCGCCUAAAAAGGAGCAUAGAAGUGACCCAACUUACAUGCGGCCAAACCAUGUCCAGGCAAACCCAAAUCGAUCCUUUUCAAUGCCAAUUACUGAUCAUCACCUUGCACUGGGCUCACAUUCGAUAAAAGACGAAGACGUUUUGCUCGUCCAAAAUGUCCGCAACUCGUUGAGCGCAGAAAAGAGACUUUCUGGCAAAUGCUUGCCCAGCUUUUCGUACCCGACAUAUCCAGCUUGCACUGGCUGGAACGAUGGCUCCAAACUGGCCGGACUAUCUCCACGACCCGCCAGCUCCCAAGAUAGGAGGAGCCGAGGAAUGACGGGCCUCAAUCACGAUUCCAGGGAGAUUGGUCGCGCUAUUUCGAGCGACUGCCAUGGACUCAAGCGCCGCUCAAGAAGUGUAUCCGAAAUACCAAAGCUUGGGCCUCCUUCAUCAUCAGCCGAAGAGGAGGUACGACGACACAGCGCCGAGAUUCGCUUCUGGAGAGAGAGUUAUGCGGCUCCAUUCGCGUCCCAGACCUCUGCCAAAACGGAUGACGAGCUUGUGCAGUUGCAAAAUAGCAGUUUGGAUGACAUGGCGUCGAUUGAUGCCGAACGACCUGUCACGCCUGAGCCAGCCGUUGCUGCGGCUCAGACGAGUGACGAGGGCGGGAAAUUUGCUAGCCCAUCUAGGUCGGCAUACACCCUGGAAACCUUGGGACCUGUCGCUCUUGAAAACCGGGUCGAUAAUCUUGAGACGCGUAUGAGUCGGUUGGAGGGUAUUGUACUCCAAAUCGGCAAUGGCAUUCAAGCACUUCGCCUGCAAUCGAACAAUGAAAACCGGCAAUCUGGCCCGCGACCAGUGCAAGGGAGGAGGGACGAGCAUGCUGCAAGGUCGGUGCUGCUGCAGCCCUGCGAUAUGGAGUUGGAGGGAGGCCCACGACGAAGCACCAUUCGUCCAGACACUCGUCUUUCCGAUGCAUCAAACAUGUCUCUUGGCGAGACCAACGACACAACUCCACGCGCUACCAUUCUGCCUUUAAUUGAUGUGCCAACGCAACCAGACGGCACAGAUGAAAUCACCAGCGAUUCACCAGCAGCCAUACCUUCUGAGCAGUAUACUAGUCUGCUUGGUUUGUUGGAGACCGAAAGGCUAGCGCGAGUAGCCCUGGAGGCUCAAGUGAGAAGUCUGAGUCGCCAAAUGCAGUUUGUGAACAAAAGCUUGGCGUACACGAACACGGACCACAGCGAAGCUCCGUCUUUGGACAGAUCUUUCGGCGAGGUGUCGACUUUCGACCACGAGGAGGAGGACGAUUCCAGUCGCCGACUAACGGCCACUGCCUACCAUUAUGACACAUUAGCGCUCGACGACUCUGGAGUGAUCACCGACAAUCGAUCAGAUAACGAGUAUACCGAGUCGUUUGUCACACCUGCAGAGACCAGCGAUAAUGUUUUCAGCGGUUAUGAAGAUGAGAAUGACACCAUAACGGUGGAGCAGGCCAGGAAAAUGUCGCUUUUCACAUUUGGCCAUGCAUCAGCCAUUCCCGACAAGGCAACGGCAAGCUGCCGCCGCACAGGCUGCAUAGAUGCUUUGGGUGUCUAG